AUGGUCGUUCUUAAGCAAGAAGAAGUGGCUCCUGAGUGCUUGAAGUACUUGCCCAGCAAUUACAACUUUGAGGUUGGCAAGACUCUCAGAACAAUCAAAAGACUAAAUGCAAAGAAAAUAACGCUGCAAUUUCCUGAUGGUCUGCUCAAGUAUGCACUGGUAAUAAUUGACAUAAUAGAAAGAUACACGGGUGCUGAGUGUGUUAUUCUGAACGAUGUUGUGUAUGGCGGAUGCUGCAUAGACGAUAAGAAUGUCAAGUCAGAUCUUCUGAUUCACUAUGGGCAUUCAUGCUUGGUUCCCAUAAGCGAGAUGGACACCAAGGUGCUGUAUGUGUUUGUAGACAUCAAAAUAGAUGUUGAGCAUGCUGCAGAGAUUAUCAGAACAAAUAUUCCUGGCAGAAUUGCAAUAAUAGGAACGAUACAGUUCAAUUCAAGCAUUCAUAGGUUGCAGAAGGCUCUUGAGAAGGAGAGCAAACCAGGUGCAUUGCCACAGGUCAAGCCAUUGAGUGGAGGAGAAGUUCUUGGAUGCACAUCUCCCAGAAUAAAUGGUGUGUCUGCUGUGGUAUCUAUUGGAGAUGGUAGAUUCCACUUAGAAAGCGCAAUGAUUCAGAAUCCACACCUCGACUUCUACAAAUACUGCCCUUUCAGUAGGAUAAUGACAAGAGAGUUCUAUGAUUAUGAAGCCAUGAAAAGAAUCAGGAAGGAGGAGAUUAGAAAGGCAUUCCAAGGAAAGUCGUUUGGUGUGAUUCUUGGAACCUUAGGAAGACAAGGCAGCAGGAAAAUACUCAAGAAUAUGAUUGAAAGGCUAAAACAAUACGAUAUUUAUUUGAUUAUGCUCCAGGAAAUCAAACAGAAGCACUUGGAUAGAUACAACUUCAUAGACAGCUUUGUGCAAAUAUCAUGCCCAAGACUUAGCAUAGAUUGGGGAACGACAUUUAAGAAACCGCUUCUGAAUCCAUUCGAAGUAUUUUACACUGGCGGUGAAUAUCUUAUGGACUACUAUUCGCAAGACAACAAAGCAGAGUGGAAUAACUACAGCUGA